AUGAGAAAACGAGACACGGGCGUGGUGGGAAGUGGAAUAUCUCCGGGGGGGGGGGGGGGCAUCCACAAGGGACCAGGGGAAGUGACGGUUUCCCAGAAUGAGAAACCCUCUCCUCCGAGACGCGGACGAACAGUAAGACCGAAGAGGCGAUGGUGGACAGAUGAGCAUGACCAGGAAAAGCCUCUCACGGACAGGGUCUUAACAAUGUCCAAAACGCUGAUCAAUUGCUGGCAACUGAAGGCAGUGAAUGUAGGAAUCCCGCUCCCUCUGGAUGGGGAAGUUCACGUGGUUUCGCAAGAGGCCGCAGAGCUGUUAAACCCGAAUGUUAGGUUAGCUGGGAAGGGGCGAGCAACUUCCAAACGCAGAUUGAUCACCAGCCCGGGGCGACGUCAGAGGGGCUGCGGGCGGGCUGAGCACUCAGGGCCGGGCCUCCGAGCGGCAGGGCCGGCCUGUCUGCGAUUAGACACCGAUUAG